AUUCGGGGCGGAUCGGAUAUCGGAUUCGGGGCGGAUCGGAUCGGAGGCAGACUUACCUCCGAAUCCGAUCCGAUCUCCGAAUUUUUUUUGAAAAAUAAAUCCGAAUCCGUCCCGAUAUCCGAAAAAUCUUCGAAAAAUCCGAUCCGUUCGAAACGGAUAACGGAUCGGAUACGAAUGGAUCGGCCGAGAUGGCCAUCCCUGGAAAAGAUAAUCAAUAAUUCUAUAGGUAAUACCGUAUUUCUAUCUGUCGGCCCUAAGCCACAAUUCGAUCAGAAUCAGAACUUCCACUCCACAGUCAGCAGCUCCGUCGACGAUCGGCGACUCAGGUAACGAUCAGAACAGGAGUAGGAUGAAGAAUUUCGUGGAGGAAGAUCGAAUCAGUCAGCUACCUAACGAUAUUCUGGUAAACAUUCUGUCUCUGUUGAACUCCGUGGAAGCAGCAGGCACAUGUGUCCUCUCUAAGAGAUGGCAAUAUGUAUGGACUCAUGUUACAGCCCUCAACUUUUAUUCCCCGAAGAAGCUUAGGGCCAUUGAGAAGGCUUCCAAAUGUGUGACCUAUGUCAGAACCGAUGAGUACAUAGAUAUGGUGAAUCGAUUUAUACAAUUGCAUCAGGGUUCCCAUAUAACUGAGUUCAAAGUCUUCUUCUUCAUGACUGGCAGGGAAUUUCGUUGCAACGUUGAUGAGUGGUUCAGUGUUGCCAUCCGCAAGUCCGUUCAAAGACUUGACCUUAACUUAGGUGGUUCUACUCUUCUAGGAAGAAGAUGUGAAAGGAACACAGUUGGUUUUACCAGCGUAGUUCCUCUUCCAGACGAGUUUUAUACUCUCAGCAAUAAGGUUUAUUCUCUCAUCAAAAGCCCUUAUGGUCUAUCCUGCAUACAGUCACUCACGGAACUCUCUUUGACAUGCGUCAAUGUAACUGGGGAGCUUGUUGAGCACUUCCUAUCCAAUUGUCCACUUCUCCUUCGGUUGCGUGUGUGCUUCUCACGGCAUCUGGUCAAUCUUAAGGUUGCCGGUCCUUCGCUUUGCUUGAAGUUCUUAGAGAUAUCCAGAUGCCCUGGUUUAAAUAUUCUUGAUAUUUAUGCCCCAAACCUUGCCUACUUGAUCUGUCUUGGACUGAAGAGAUCAACCCAAGUUAUUGUUAGGCAUGCUCCUUUGUUGGUUGAUCUGGCUGUUGAACGUCAUGGAAGGUUUUUGAAUGCUCUUCCAGCAAGCUAUUUCUCUCAGCUAGAGAGCCUGACGUUGAGCUUUGAUUUUUGCAGGGACACAUUUGCACCCCCACUUCUUCCGGAAUUUACUAAUCUGAAGAACUUGACAUUUGCUGGGUUAGAAGACGAAGAACACAGUUUCCUUGAUUGGACUUCCCUAAUUGAGAGAUCUCCCUUCUUGCGUACUUUUACAUUACAGUUAUUGUCACCUAAAGGGAUACGGAGACAAAUUCAGAACAGGCCUAGUGAACCUGAGGCGGUGACAUUGCAAAUUCAGAGCAGGCAUACCGAACGUCGUCUUAAGUGCCUUGAGGUUGUGACAUUUGUUGGCAAUAUCGAUUUCGAGCUUUUAGUCUACUUUUGCCAGCAUGCUGUGCCACUCAAGACCAUUAUUGUUGACUGUCGCCCUCCAAGCUUAGAGCAAUGGCAAGAGUUCGAAGAAAAUGAGAGUUCGAUGGAAUUGAGAAACCUGAAAGGACAACUACCUCCUCAAGUCAAGUUAGUUAUAUGCCCGUGAUCUCGUACCCACCCAGUAGCAUAUUCUAAUCAAGAUCCACACAACAACUCUGGAGUCAUUGAUUAAUUAUUGUACUUGUUAACUUGUACUGUUUAUUUGUGUGUUCAUGUUUAUAAGAUACAUGAAGUGUUUGGGGCUUUAACGUAAUCAGUAAAUUGUUCUUUUUCAGUUGGUUGUUUUAAACCUUUAAGCGGUCUGUUGCUUGUAGAGAAGUACAAACAAAUGAACUUCCCUUUCCAGUUUGUAACAAUGGAUAAAGGUUGAUAAGAAGUGACAUGCGUUUUCCGUACUGAAA